UGACCACUUAUUACUUCUCCCCCAUCUCUCCAACUGGAAGAUCGUCUGUGUCAGCUUUUUAAAAUGACUUGUUCCGACAAGCUCGAUUAAUUGUUUCCAGGUUACAAGUCAGGGGUGCAGAAUGCAUAGACUACGAGUUGACAGAGUCCAGCCAUAGAGCGUGCAGCUGUCUCUAUUCGCUAUGAACAGCUACAUCGUACCGGUACUAGCUCGCUAAGAGCAAAAGAUCCACCAGCCAAAGCAGCAAGCAAGUAGCGCAUGAAAUGCAUGCAAACUCGAGCUUAGAGCAUUCAGGUUGUCGUGAACAGGCUCCCGAAGAAGUCCUGACAUCCGCACACUGCAAGACUAUGAGGCAGCUGGCUUGUCAGGUGGGUGCGUGUGGCUAUGAGGAAAGCUGCUUAACUUAUGGAUUUCAAAGAAACGCGAAUCCGUGACUUGAGGCUGACGCAGUGUCUCGUGGUACAGUCGUAUCUUUGCGUAGAAGCCCGUACGUGUGUACUAGCUAGCUAGUACUCGAGCACAAGUCAGUGUUUGCACCGUGGUCCUCAAACGAGGAUCGCUGAGUCACCCAUCCAUCAUGUUUCUGCUCUCCCCCAUCAACGCUCACAAAUUGAUCAUUUUUCUCGAAUUCAAUCAUUAUCCUUCCAACAUGAAGUUCACAACAACCAUCGCUGCCCUCCUGAUUGGAUCUGCCUCCGCCUUCACUGGCUCGGCCCCUGCCGCAAGAUCAUCCAGCACUGCCCUCAACUUGGCUGUGGGUGAGACUGCCCCUGAUUUUGCCUUGGUUGACCAAAAUGGAAAGACUGUCAAGCGAUCACAGAUCAAGAAGCCAUUGGUGGUGUACUUCUACCCUGCUGAUGCCACUCCGGGGUGCACAGUUCAAGCUCAGAGCUUCAACGAACAAGUCAAGGACAUUCGCAAGACUUUUGGUGCCGAGCUUGUGGGUAUCUCAGGCCAAGAUGUCGAGUCCAAGCAAGCAUUUGCUUCAGAGUUGGGAUUGGACUUCUCCAUCCUUGCUGAUGAAGGCGACGCAGUCCGAAAGGCAUUUGGAGUGCCAAGAGCCGCAUUUGGACUCUUCCCAGGACGUGUUACCUACGUGUUGGACAAAGACGGUGCCUGCCAAACUGUCUAUGACGAACUUGCUGAUGCUGCCAGUCACGUUGAAGUUGCAAAGGAAUCUCUUUCCGAAUUGAAGGGGGCUUCCAAGAAGGGAGCCUCCAGCCCCCUUGGCGCUAUUUUCGGCCGCUAA